CCGUCGGCUCUGUCUUGAUUGGACCGGGGUUUGUGGGCGUGGCUUCCACGCUGUGGUUUUCCCAUUACUGAAUCCAGGGCCUGUUAGCUGCGGUAAGCCAUGCGCGUUGGGGUGCAGUUGUGGUGGUUUGCUGGGGUUUUGCUCGCCGUGGCCGCGGAUAAAACCCUGGAGGAGAAGGGCCGGGAUGAGCUGCGGAAGGUGCGGGAUCUGGCGGUGCAGCCCCGGUACGGGGAGUGCUGGAGCCGGGCUCUGGAGAAGAUCCACACGGGCUGCAGGGAGUUCACCGCGGACAUGCAGAGCAUGAUAGCCGUGGCCUUCACCCACUGCCACCUGAGGAGGUCCGGACGUAAUUUCCCAGAGUGCCCUGAGGGCAGCGAUGUUAAAGUCUGCACCCGUGACAUGGAUCCUGUCGCGUUCAACACCUACACAGAGUUCUUCACCCACGCCCACAGCAUCUGCCAUUACCUGCAGAGCGAGCAGUGGCAGAAUCGGGCAGAAAACACCAUCCACAGGUUGACCGAGAAUUCAGCCAGUGUGGCCGAGCAGCUGGCGUCCACUCAGAGGAUGGCGGAGGAUCUUGUAGAGGCCCAGAGCGCAGCCCUCAAAUCACAGGAAACCAUCCUGCGCAACGGAGAGGAGCUCAAAAACACCCUUCAGGACUCCACAAACGGUCUGAGGGACGUGUUUGCGGAGAUGAGGCUUUCCGUGCAGGAGCAGCAGGUGGCGUUUGCGGAAAUCUUUAACCGCAUGGCUUUUCUCCAGAGUUUCAUCAUGUCUGAGUCACACACCCUCAGCUCCCUGUUCUACAACGCUCUGGCCUUCUGCGCCUCCUUCCUCCUCACCUCCACUCGCCGCACGUCUGGAGCCAGAUUGUUCCUGUUUGGACUGGUGGCUCUAAAUGUAUAUUUAGAGAGGCUGAUUUGUAGGAUGGUGCUGGAAAAUGAUAAUCCAGGUUAUCAGCAAAUGGAGCGGAUUGCUAUGCUGGUCGGCCUUCUAAGAAAAGCCAUGCUGGUGAUUGGCAGCUUUGUUCUAUUGUACUUUGCUCUGCGCUUUCGGAACGUGAACAGAGAGAGUCUGGAGAUUCUGAAGGAGCUGAAAGAGACCCGCUCCAGUCUUCAGCAGACCUUGAGGAAAGCAGAACGGCUGUCGGGCUCUAUGGAUAUCUGGAAAAGGCCCAGGCAGAAGCAGUGGGAUGAAAAGUGGGAUCAGGAACAGGAGAGCAGUCUGGUCAUCCUGCAUCCCUCUGGUGCAGUAGAAGCCACUCUGCCCUCCUUUACUGGCCUUCAUAGCAGCAGACAGAAUGAAAACUUAGCUCCACUGGAAGCUUUAAGCACCCUGGAGAUCCCUAAAAGACGACCACGCCGUUCUUCUGGCUCUCGCGGACGCCCCUCCUCCGCACUGGUCUACAGUGUGCUGGUGGAGGACAACCAGCCACGGUACAGCCUGAGGAGCAGGAGAUCCUUAUGUGCUCCACCACCAAAAGAUGAAGGAGACUGAUUCAGACCACUGGACAACAUUUGUCAUAUGUAGAGACUUUUAUUUGACAGUUUUCACUGUUUUGUAUGUUUUUUAUAAGUAUGUUUUAAUGCAGAUGUGGUGUUAUUAUUGUAACAUUUAAUAACUUUAAUAAAUACUAUUUUUGCUA